AUGUCUUCUCUUGCUGCAUGGACCAAGGCUGUCUGCCUUCUACUUCUCGCCUCGGAAGCUCUUGCAAGCCCCAUCGAGAAGAUUGAGCAGCUCGAGAAGCGUGCAGUCUGCACUGCAUACACUCUUAUCGAGACCCGUGGUACCAACGAGCCUCAAGGUCCAUCAAACAGCUUCAAGACCAUGGAUGCUGCCAUCAUUGCCCAGGUCAUGGGUGGUAAUGAGUAUGAUACCGUCUACCCUGCCAGUAUUGACCAAAUCUCGAUUGUCGGCACAAACGAUAUCAUCAACCAGAUCAACAAUGGUCUGAAGGCUGACCCCAAGAGAUGCUUCAUCCUCGAAGGAUACUCUCAAGGAGCUGCCGCUACCGUCGACGCCAUGCCCAGACUCACCGGUGCCGCAUUCAACGCCGUCAAGGGUGUCUUCCUUCUCGGAAACCCUCACCGUAGAGCUGGUCUGGCAUGCAAUGUCGACGCCAACGGUGGCACCACUACCAAGAACUCUAAUGGUCUUACUGCUCUUCUUGGCGGUAUCCCCAGCAACUGGGUCAGCAAGACUUUGGAUGUCUGCGCCUAUAAUGAUCCUGUCUGCGAUACUGCUCAUGGCUUGGGUGAUGUCAAUGUUCACUUGUCUUACAAGUCUGAUCCGAAUGUGCAGAACCAGGGUAUCAAGUUUGUCAUUGGAAAGCUUCGCGGCACCAGCUAG